ACUACGUAAGUGCGCACUCUGAAGGGAAGCUGCAGUGUGCCAGCCCCCUCCUCACACCAAUGUUUAUGUGCUUUGUCAGCUGUGUCUUGUCUCUUGCGCAAACUCUGGACUUCGAGCCCGAAUCUCUCAACCUUUAUCUUCAACUGUCUCAAGCUUUCUUAUCACGCCGUAUCGCUCUUCUGACCAACCCCUUUCGGACCUUGAGCAGACCCAACUCGGUCCAGACUAUUUCUUUCUUUUUCUACCCCCUCCCCUCUAUCUGUGAAACAUGACAUUAAAUUCCAAUAAAAACGAACCUGCUGUCAUUCUGGAGCGUGUCAACAGCGCGCGAACAGCUCUCUCCGAUCUCUAUCUGGAACAGCUGCUGCAGAAUAAACCCAAGUCAGACAAGGCCGCCAUGCAGACUUAUGACUGCAAAGGACAGGAAGUCUUCUCCAACGGCAGCGCUGGCCAUAUAAACGGCAAAGACGCAAGCAGGAUGCGAGAAGUGGCCUUUGAGAAGAGCCCCUCUGAGCCACUGGGUGUAACUCUUAAGCUGAAUGAAAGGCAGAUGUGUACAGUAGCGAGAAUAUUGCAUGGAGGGAUGGUACACAGACAAGGUUCUUUACAUGAAGGUGAUGAAAUCGCAGAGAUUAAUGGGAAAAGUGUUGCUAAUCAAAGUGUAGACCAGCUACAGAAGAUUCUGAAAGACACAAACGGUGUUGUCACAUUGAAAAUCAUCCCCAAUCAGCAAAGUCGCCCCAUAGCAUGUGAGACGUAUAUGAGAGCACAAUUCGACUAUGACCCUGCCAAAGAUGAACUUAUCCCGUGCAAAGAAGCCGGCCUGAAAUUUCAAACGGGUGACAUCAUUCAAAUUAUUAAUAAGAAGGAUCCAAACUGGUGGCAAGGAAAGGUGGACAACUCCUCCACAGACUUCGCAGGACUCCUCCCUUCUCCAGAACUUCAGGAAUGGCGAGUAGCAAGCAAAAGCAAAGCAACACGGGAAGUUAGUCAGUCCUGCAGUCCUUUCGGCAAGAAGAAGAAAUGCAAAGACAAAUACCUUGCCAAACACAGCUCAAUCUUUGACCAGCUUGAUGUAAUAUCCUAUGAGGAGGUAGUGAGACUGCCUGCAUUCAACAGAAAAACUCUGGUUCUCAUUGGUGCACCUGGAGUUGGAAGGAGCCAUAUUAAAAAUUCACUGCUGAGCAAAUAUCCUGAGAAGUUUGCUUACCCAGCACCACACACCACUAGACCCCAGAAGAAGGAUGAGGAGAAUGGCAAAGAAUAUUACUUCAUUUCCAAUGAUGAAAUGACCAAAUGCAUCAUCGGGAAUGAGCUACUUGAAUACGGCAGUUACCAGGGACACAUGUUUGGGACUAAGAUCGAAACUGUCCACAAGAUUCACGAGCAAGGGAAAAUCGCCAUGCUGGAUGUGGAACCGCAGACGCUGAAAGUGCUCAGAACGGCAGAGUUCGCUCCUCUCGUGAUGUUCAUUGCUCCUACAAACACUGGCAAUCAGUCAGAGGCGGUGCAGAACAUCCAGAAAGAAUCCGACAGCAUCCUUGGUGCAUACCGCCACUUCUUCGAUGAAAUGCUCGUCAACAACGAUGUAGAUGAGAGUGUUAAGGGUGUGGAGGAGGCCAUCGAGAGAGCCUCCUCAACCCCGCAGUGGGUACCGAUCUCCUGGGUGUACUAAAAACCCAAUCCCUUUCUCCAGUCGACCCUCCAAAAAUCCCACUCACACGGUGCCCUGCCUAAUAUAGUCGUUAUCAAGACAGUUUGCACAUGAAUAAGUGUUUUAUAGAAUGUUUGGCAAAAAAGCAAUAAGUUUGUUCUUUUUGUUUAAUAUGUGAAUGAUUUUCAAAUGACAGAGCGCUAUAGCAUUAAGCGAUGACAUUGUUAGCGAUGCAAAAAGGACCUCUACUGUGAUUCAAAAUACCACUCAGUUCAUUAAGGUCUGUUGGUUUUCGAUCUUCCCUGAAGUUUCAGUGCGUGUUUUUUGUAACAUGUGCCAUGGUGUUCUUUUUAAAGAUAAUUACAUUUAAAAACACAGGGAAAUUGUAUCAGUCAAUAUUUGAAAGCAGGUUUGUCGUGUCCUGAAAUGUUCUUCAUAAUUAUAUAUGGAUUUACCUCAAGUUGUAAUGUAAGGCACUUUUAAAAGAACUGAAUAAACCUCUCCCUACACUCCAA